GUUUAUAUUCUACCAGGUAACAGUCUGUGUAUUAUCUUAUGGUUUAUAUUCUACCAGGUAACAGUCUGUGUAUUAUCUUAUGGUUUAUAUUCUACCAGGUAACAGUCUGUGUAUUAUCUUAUGGUUUAUAUUCUACCAGGUAACAGUCUGUGUAUUAUCUUAUGGUUUAUAUUCUACCAGGUAACAGUCUGUGUAUUAUCUUCUGGUUCCACCAGGUAACAGUCUGUGUAUUAUCUUCCGGUUCCACCAGGUAACGGGCUGAUGUUAACGGUGCUGCUGAAACGCCGUGGCCUCCUGCGGAUCACAGAGAUCUAUCUGUUACACCUGGGCCUGGCUGAUCUGAUGCUGCUUGCCACCUUUCCCUUCGCGCUGGCACAGGUGUCCUUAGGGGUGGUGUUCGGAGACGUCCUGUGUAAACUGAUUGGGCUGAUGAACCGACUCAACUUCCUUUGUGGGAGUCUCCUCCUGGCAUGUAUCGGCUUCGACCGUUACCUGGCCAUCGUGCAUGCCAUCACCAGCCUCCAGAGCCGACGCCCCAGGAACGUACACCUCACCUGCCUGGCACUGUGGCUCGUCUGUCUGGCCUUGUCUGCUCCCAAUGCUGUGUUCCUGUCUGUAGGGGAGAGUCCCAUAGACCCGACUCAGCUCUCAUGCUUCUUCCACAGUCACGGUCUCCAUGCAAACAACUGGGAUCUGACGGAGCGGCUCCUGACCCACGUGCUGUGUUUCUUCCUGCCUCUCGGGGUCAUGACCUACUGCUACACUGCGGUGGCGGUCACCCUGCACCAUAGCCAGAGAGGUCAGCGCAGCCUGGAGAAAGAGGGCGCCAUCAGGCUGGCUGCACUAGUCACUGCUGUGUUCUGCCUGUGCUGGCUGCCCUACAACAUCACCAUGCUGGUGAAGACCCUGGUGGAUCGGGGGUUGGACUCUGGUUUGAGCUGCCAGUCCCGGACUAGUUUGGAUAAGGCCUUGGUGGUGACAGAGAGCCUGGGGUACACACACUGCUGCCUCAACCCGUUGCUGUACGCCUUCACUGGGGUACGGUUUCGACAGGAUCUCCUGAGACUGCUGGCCCACUGAGUCUGCGGUAAAGGGGUGUACUCCGAGGGGACGGGAGUAGGACGACAGCGUGGUUCUCUAAAGGACUCACCACCACUAAAAUCCUCAUGUUGACCACCAGAUUGUGGAUCAAUAAUCA